AAGUUAAACAUACUUUAAUUGGAUAUGAUGAAAUAAAUUAAAAAAAUGAGAUGGAAUGGGUGACCGUUAUAACGAGAUCCCAAAAGGAGGAAAAAGUGAAGUAGUAGAACACAUUUUAAUAUAAUUAUACUAUUAAACAUUUACUCCUAUUUUAUUAUAAUUAUCAUCAUACAGAUUCAGAUUCAGAAUCACAAAUUAAUAAACAAAGGAAUACAAAAGCAAAGUCAGCGCCAUUCAGAUUCUGAUGGUAUUGGUAUGAUUUCAACAGCCCUUCGAUACUUGUCGUCCUUCAAUUUUAGGGUAAUAGAUUUCGAUGAUUUUGUGAUUGUUGGGAAUAAAAGGGUGAGAUGCUAUGUUGCUCGGACUCUUCCAAAAUGUUGAUGGGUGCGUGUCAGAUUCGCCAAACCUAGUGUAUUUUUGGAGAGCGCCAUCGAAAGUGAAGAGCCGCACAACUUAGGUGAUAUGUGCCUGGGGUCUAUUGGAAAGAACCUCUUUGCUCACUUUCACGGUAGAGGUAAGGUCUGCAUAUAAGUACCCGCAUCAGACGUCACUCUGUGGGAGUACACUGAGAAUGUUGUUGUUGGAAGAAUAGAAGGGUGAUUGUGUAAUUUGGACAUCUCAUAGAGCUCGCCUGAAAUUUUGUUGGAGCUAUUGGCUUCGUAUACAAUUAUCAUUUACGGGUCAAAAUCUGCUGAACAUGCUAUAGAAUUUUGAAUCUUUGAGGAGAUGGAGAAGACAGGAAAUGAUGUGGGACCAGCAGAGGCUCUGCCUCCUGAUUCUCCUUGGUGGCCAGCAGAUAUUUCUGACAAACUACAGUUGAUCAAUUUGGUUUCUUCAGAAGAUAAAGCAAACUCUACACUGAGCAGCAAGCAGGAGCCAGACGGUCUAGCAUCAAAGAGGGCAUCUCAGAUUCUGUGGGACACGGGGGAACUUGCAGAACCUAUUCCUGAUGGUUUCUACUUUGUUGUUCCAGAAAGAAGAUUCAAGGAGCUAUUCGACACAAUUCCAUCUUUGGAUGAACUUUAUGCUUUGGAGACGGAGGGUCUUCGACCUAAUGUUAUUCUUGUAAAUAUGCAUAAGGAUAAAAAGCUUUCCAUGUUAAAACAGCUAACCCUCACUCUAGUGAAAGGAUUGAGUUCAACUCCAGCUGUAGUGGUGAAGAAGAUUGCAGGGUUGGUUUGCGAUUUCUAUAAACAUCCCAAGUACAAGUCCACUCAUGUGAGUGGUACACUUGAGGAGGUCUCACAUGCUUUGGGUAGUCAAGGAAUCCACAUGCUGUGCCAAAUAAAGGAUGGUUCCUGCCAUUCUCGAGCAAUCUUAUUCAAAGUUCUUGCUGAUACUGUGGGCCUUGAGUGCAAGCUGAUUGUGGGUUUCCCAAGAGGAGGAGCACUGGAGUGCACAGAUUUGUAUAAGAACAUCUGUGUCACAGUCAUUCUGGAUUCCAUAGAACUACUGGUUGACCUUAUGCAUUAUCCUGGCAAGCUGUUUCCUUGUUCAAUGAAGCAGCGACAUCGCUCACAUUUUUUUGGUGAGAGUGACUCUGUAGACACGGAUUCAUGUAACUCACCAAUGGAUCCCAUUAGUCCUACCUGUUUCAGUUCCGACUACAGCGCCACUGGAAGCUUAUCACGCAGUCAGCCCGAUGUCAAAAGUUCACUUUGGCAUGGAAGGAACAAAGUUGUAUCUGAACAGAGGGCCUCAAGUUCAAGUCCAGAGCAUCCUUUCUUCAGAGGACCUGGGAGAUCCAUUCUUGGUGGUCGUGCAAAGUCUUUCAAGGACUGCAGCUAUGAUGUUACUUCUUCAAGGUCUGCUGGUGCAUCACCUGUACACGCUCGUAGAAGAAGACGGAGAUCCAUUAGCAUGAUUCCGGAGAUUGGUGAUGACAUUGUAAGGGUUGUUCGGGAAAUGAAUGCAACUAUGAAGAAAAAUCAUCUGUCAGGGGAACAAGCAACAUUUGAUUUGUCUACAAGCAAAAGGGAAGAUAAUUCUGGUCAUCAAGUACUGAAUGGUGAAAAAGGUCAACCACAGCAUUUUCACAGGAAGUCCUUGACAUCUGACAAAGCAAUAUCCCUGCCUUCAUCUCCACGCUGGAGCUAUGGUAGAGGCAAGACAGCAGGAAUUUUUGGCAGUCCUGAUAUGUUGUCAAGAUUGGACAAAGUGAUAGAAUCAUCAAGGAUCCUCAACAAACCAUUGUUACCAUUUGAUGAAUGGAACAUUGAUUUUUCUGAAAUCUCCAUUGGAGCACGUGUUGGAAUUGGUUUUUUUGGAGAAGUCUUCCGCGGUAUUUGGAAUGGAACAGAGGUAGCAGUUAAAGUUUUCCUAGAACAGGACUUGACUGAAGAGAACAUUGAAGAUUUUGCCAAUGAAAUAUCCAUCCUUAGCCGCAUUCGCCACCCAAAUGUUAUCUUGUUCCUCGGUGCUUGCACAACUCCACCUCGUUUGUCCGUGGUUACUGAAUUCAUGGAGAUGGGAUCCCUAUAUCAUCUGAUCCAUGUAAGUGGACAGAAGAAUAACCUCAGCUGGCAAAGGAGAUUGAAAAUGCUUUGUGAUAUAUGCAGGGGGCUGAUGUGUAUACAUAGGAUGAAAAUUGUGCAUCGCGAUCUAAAGAGUGGAAACUGCCUCGUAAAUAAACACUACAAAGUCAAGAUCUGUGAUUUUGGGCUGUCCCGAUCACUGACUCCAACACCCGUGCAAGAUUCUUCCUCAGCAGGUACACCAGAAUGGAUGGCCCCAGAGCUUAUCCGUAACGAACCUUUCAGCGAAAAAUGUGACAUUUUUAGUCUUGGGGUCAUAAUAUGGGAACUAUACACACUUAAAAGACCAUGGGAAGGUGUUCCAGCUAUCCAGGUCGUAUAUGCUGUUGCGAAUGAUGGAAAACGGCUAGAACUUCCUGAAGGUCCUCUAGGAAAGCUAAUUGCAGAUUGCUGGGCAGAACCAGAUGAACGGCCUAGUUGUGAGGAAAUCUUGUCACGGCUAGUAGAAUGCAGGUCUUCUGCUAAUUGAUUCUUUACAUUCCUGGUGGAAUAUUAGAACGAGGAUUAGUUCUUCGAUGAAAAUUGUAUAUAUAUGUUGCAGACUUUCAACAUCAAUUUCGUUAAACGUUUAAGUCUAUAAAACAGAAUGUUCAUAAAUUUUGAGUUGUACACUUCU